AUGCUCGCGCACAGCCGACGCUCGUUCGCAUCCCUCGCCUCGCUCCUGGCCGCGCUUCCGCCGCAGCGAUCGCGUGCGACGGGCUUGGAGGAGGUCCGCAAGGCGGCGUCGCUGCUGCCAGGCUACGGCCCGCCGGACAUCGCCUUCCCGCCGCCGUUCAGAGGGCGCUGGAGGGUCACGCGGCAGGUCGUGGACGUGCAGACGCCGCUCGGGGAGACCGCGGCGCCGCGGGAGGCGCUGAGGCAGGCUCGCGACAGCCUUGUCGCGCCGCCAGUGACGUUUGAACAGCGGUUCGUGCAGGACUCGGAGAGGGCGGUGAUCGCCGACCGCUCCUUCAACGCGGAGCGGCGCACCGCGGCCAUCUCUGGGACCGCGCUUGCCGACCUCGAGGCGCGGUGGGAGCCGUCGAACCCGAAUGUGCUCACGCUGGCUCGCGUGAGCACAUCGAGCCUCGUAGAGACAAAGGCCCCCUUCGACGGCGCCUUUGGCACGAGCGAGUACGCGCGUAUCGCGGACGCGGGCUCGUCGGGCGUGCUCUCUUCGGUGCCGACGAUCCUCGCUGCGCGCGUGCAGGCGAAGUACAAGUGGGAGCCGGCGGGCGAGCCAGGCGCGGUGGCGCGGAUCGAGGGGCUCGAGAUCACGUCGACCUUCGACCCGACGCAGACGGGCUUCGCGGACCUGAGCGGCGCGACCCCCGUGCUCGUGACCAAGGCGCGGCUGCGCUUCGAGAGAGAGUGACACGCGCAGUAACGUACUCUAGUCAACACGGCGGCCACGCUGCACGCACUGUCUAGUGUGUCUCCGUGUUAUGUACGGCGUUCAGAAUCAGAUGGCUUCGCAUGUGA